UUUAUUCUAAUUACCAGAACAUCAACUACAACAAUAUCUUGUCACUAGAGACUGAAGAAGUGUGUAAAAUAUCCCUAUAAAAACUUAAAACAAUGAGUCAACCACCCAGUUAUUCAAUGGAUAAUGUAAAUAAAGGUCCACCACCUGCUGGCUACCCACCUCAAGGUCCACCACCUGCUGGCUACCCACCUCAAGGUCCACCACCUGCUGGCUACCCACCUGCCGGCUACCCACCUGCCGGCUACCCACCUGCCGGCUACCCACCUGCCGGCUACCCACCUGCCGGCUACCCACCUGCUGGUUACCCACCAGCACCACAGCAGCAGCAGCAGCAGCAACAACAGGUAUUUUGUUUUCUAUUAAGCAUUCUCUCAUCAGAUAAAACUCAUAAAAACCUAUAAUUGGAUGGCUAGGGC